AUGGUUGUCUCUAUCACAGAGCAGAAACAGAUUCUCCAGAGCUGUCUCUCGGCGAUUAAGCACCAGUCUAAUCUAAUGAAACAAUGCCUCAACGAGAACAACAUUCUUCAGGCUCUCAAGCAUUGCUCCAACUUCCUCAACGAGCUACGGACCAAUCAGUUAACACCAAAACAAUACUACGAGUUGUAUAUCGCUGUUUUUGACUCUCUUGAAACCCUCCUGAACCAUUUACUCAACUCGCACAAUCUCAAACAGCACAAGCUUGAGAAGAGACAAGCUGCUUUGGAUAGCACCUCAACUUCAGACAAAAAUGCCGAUGAUAAAAGCACUACUCAUAAAAAUGUUAAAAAUGGUGAUGAAAUUUCAAAAAAUGCUGUUGGAAAAAGUGCUACGACUCCAUUCCUUGCAGAUUUGUACGAGCUUGUUCAAUACUCCGGCAACAUCGUACCCCGUCUCUAUAUGAUGAUCGUCAUUGGCACAACAUAUAUGUCGACGAAAGGAGCUCCUGGCAAAGAGAUCAUGAAAGAUAUGAUCGAGAUGUGUCGUGGAGUACAGCAUCCUAUUCGAGGCUUGUUUUUGCGUUACUACUUGUCGCAGAGAACGAAGCAUUUGCUUCCGUUUCUGAACGCCAAUGACUUCAACGACACUGUAGAGUUUCUCAUUUCCAACUUCAUCGAGAUGAACAAGUUGUGGGUGCGUUUGCAACACCAGGGUCAUUCGUCGGAACGUGAGUUGAGAUACAGAGAGAGAAAGGAAUUGAAGAUCUUGGUAGGUUCCAACUUGGUCAGAUUAUCGCAAGUCAUUGACGAUUACAACGGCGACGAAACCUACUCCAGCAUCAAGUAUUACCAGGAUAAAGUAUUUCCUACCAUCACAGAACAGAUUAUUCAGUGUCGUGAUCAUCUUGCCCAGAGCUAUUUGAUUGACGUUUUGAUCCAGAUCUUUCCUGAUGACUUUCACUUUGCCACGUUGGACAGCUUGCUUAGUGAUGUUUUCCUCAAUUUGCAUCCGUUGUUGAAGAAGAGCGAGUUGGUAGCCACGUUGAUCGAGAGAUUCAUCACCUAUCACAAAUUUGAGUCCGAUAUGUCUACAAGUGAGAUCAAGGAGCUUUCUUUGGAAAGCGAUGAGAAACAGAAAAAGAUUAAAACGACUAUUGAUUCCACGCAAUUGUUCAAUUCUUUCUGGAAAUUCUACUUGAAAUUGUAUGAAUUAGAUCCACAAUUACCUUCAGAAGAGCAUUCUGAGUUGCUACAAUCGUUUAUUAGAUUGUCGUUAACGUACGAUCCUAACAACUACCAAAACUUGGAUGUAGUCUACAAAUUUGCUACUGAGAAAGAGGGCCAAAUCAAGGCUAAUGCCGAGAAUGAUGAUAUUUGGUUGCAAUUGUUGAUUGUUCCUAUUCGUCACUUUGAUUCCAUCAAGACCUUGUUCAAGUUGCCCUUCUUCCACGAGUUCUAUUUGAAGUUGUCCAACAAACAGCACCAGAAACAGAUAUCGUUAGAAAUCAUCAACAAAUUGCUAGGAAUAACUACCUAUGGAGAUGAAGAUGGUAAUACCGUCCAAGAGAUUCACGAGCCGGAGACUUUCACCACCACUGAAGAGGUAGACGGGAUUUUCAAGUACUUAUUGGUCUUGAUCAAAGAUUCUGACAAGCAAAACAGUACCUCCAAGAACUUGGGGGUCACAAAGAGCAUAACCAUCAACAAAGGAGAAAAUGUGAUUUCGCAUGAGUUCUUGAGCAACCAGGAGAAGAUCUGUAAAGUUAUUCAUUUAAUUGAAAACCCCAGUGAUCCUUUUAAGAACUUGUCCAAUUUAAUGUACGCCAGAAAGAAGUACUUGAACAAGAACUUUGAUAACAUCAUAUACACCUAUCCAACUUUGAUCUCACGGAUCUUGUACAAAUUGAAGAUUGUUGGUUAUGCUAAUUUGAGACAGCAGAAGAAGAAGAAGAACACUGAGGCCAGCCAAGACUUGAUGAUCACUUCCAACUUUAAAAAUUUAUCUAUAAUAAUUGAUGAGUUGUACCAAUACCAUGCUGAAUUCAACUCAGAAUUGAUUCUCAAGAUUUAUCUUAAUGCUGCUUCAGUUGCUGACCAGUUGAAACAAGAAUCAAUUUGCUACGAAUUGUACACGCAGUGUUUCAUUGUAUAUGAAGAAAACUUGAUUCUUGGAUCCAGUCUGUACCAACAACAUAUCAAUCCUCACGACUCGCUUGCUGGAGGUUCGUUGCAAUAUCAAUCCAUUAUACAUGUAGCCAACAAACUAGUUUCUGCUCGUUAUUUCAACAAGGAGAACUACGAGAACUUGAUAACAAAGUUGACGUUGUAUGGAUCGAAAUUAUUGAAAAAACAGGACCAAUGCAGAGCUGUCUAUUCUUGCUCCCAUUUGUGGUGGUGGUGCGAAUUGCUCAUUGAGCAUGGAGAAAAGUCGCCUACUGUCCAACCAGAGGCUGCAAAAGAGAAACUGGCAAAGGAAAAUAUACAAAAAGAUGAGGACCAGUCAUCCAGAGAUCGCGAAGAGGCUGAUGAUGAAGAAGAUGAAAUUGAGUUGUAUCGUGACGCGAAGAGAGUCUUGGAGUGUUUACAGAAGUCUCUCAGAGUGGCAGAUUCGUGUAUGGAUCCCUAUUUGCUGUUGAAGCUCUUCGUUGAGAUCUUGAACCAAUGUCUAAUUUUCAAUAUUUACGGAAAUGCAUUGGCUGAUUCACGCUACAUAAAUGGACUCAUCGACUUGAUUAGAACAAACAUCGAUAAUCUUCGUGAUGACGACAACAAUGCAAAGACAGAUGCUGCAGACGAGGAGGAUGACAAAGAGGCUCGUUUGUUUAAACAGAGUGUAGGCUAUUUUGAACGCACCUUGUCUUACAUAAGAGACCAACAGGAAGUGGAAAAUCGAUUUGAGGGGAUUGUCGUGUGAAUUUAUGAAACGGCUUUGCAAGACCAAGCACUGCUAUGUCUUUGAUAGAGGUAUGAGAUUACAACUAUACUACACUUUACUAUACUAUAUAGCAAAUACAGGAACUAUUGGCCUUUU